UGCAGGCUGCAGGAGAGGGGCGUGGCCAAGGAGAGACGAGGAGCGCGCGCGCGUGUCGGAUUACAGCUGCGUCGGCGCAGCCGCCGCGCUGUCCGCUCGACGUUCGGCAUCCGCUCGACGCGAUUCGACCGACGCCUUCGAUCGCCCGCUGCUCGGACGCCGCCGAAUCGCCUCUUCAUCUCGGCACCCGCCGCGAGGCGCACCGGCAUCUUCUGCGCCUCUCGGUGGACGCGAUGCCCGCUAGCACCGUCUACGGAAUCAUUGGCGUCCUAUGGCUCGCAAUCAUCAACGCUCAGCUUGUGGGCGAUCGCGGCGCUCGAUACACAUCGUCUGACCUUGCCCAUCACUGUCCAUAAGUGACUUUCGCUGCUGGUGAUGGCAUCAGGUGACUGCGCUGCCGCGGAUGAAAGCUUGUCUGAUCUCACAAUCCAGCAGCUACGGGACCAAGUGGGCCAAGACAGCGUCACAUUACAGAUCCCAAGUGCGGAGCGGCUGUUGGAGCUUCAGCGGCAGUUGGCGGACAAGGAGCGGGCACUGCAGGAAUCUCAGUCCCAGGUCUGCCUCAAGCUACACGAGGCUGAGGACAAGAUCUCACAACUUGAAAGUGCCUUGGAACACACCCAGUGUGAACUGCUGAAAGCUAGGGGUAAAUCGGACACCAAUGGAAGCCGGUCCGAUGAAAUGGAAAUGCUCAUGACCGACUUGGAACGUGCAAAUCAGCGCGCCGUGGCGGCCGAGCAGGAUUCGGUGCUGUUGCGAGACCAGCUGUCUGACAUGGACUCCUCGUCGCCGCCUCCGCCGUCCUCGGCGCGGGACUCCGCGUCACCCUCGAGGACAGCGCUCGAGCUUCAGCUCGCCUCCAAGGACAAGGAGAUAUCUCAACUAGUCGAAGAUAUUAGGAAACUGCAGUCAGCAGUGGAUUCUCUAAAAGAGACAAGUGCCUCACAGAUUGCUCAACUUGAAGGAAUGCUCGCAGAAAAGUCUAGAAUCAUCCAAGAGCUCGAAGACAGGCUGGAUCGACAAAAGGAUUACGACGACAUCAAAAACGAAUUGAGAAACCUCAAGAUGUUGGAGGACAGUGACAACCCCAGCGACGACCAAGAUGAGAAACCCGCACUAGUGUCGCCGAACAACAACAACAACAACAACUGCGUCGAUCUCGUGCUAUACGGCAAGAAUCGGACGCGACUUUCGCCUCCUCUCGCAAAGGACGACGCCGGUUCCCCGCAUAGCCGGUUGCAGAACGUCGAAGCGUUCGGCUCGCUGCUUGGCGAGGAGAUCGUCUCGUCCUUCUCGCGCAUGCUGAAGAACGAGCAGCCGAUCGUGACGAGCCCGCCGGCCACGCCCAAGUCCGUGGACGCCGACGCCAUGUCCACGGGCACCGACACCUCGACGGGCAGCGGCCGCGGCGUGGCGGACGAGGCGGCCGGAGCGACGCCGCCGACUCCGGACCCGGUGAUCGGCGCGUCUCUCGAGCGCCUGCAGGAAUGCCUGCGCCAGAACAUGGAGCGGCACGCGUGCGAGGCACUCAACACGCAGAACGUGUCGCGCGCGGUACGCGAGUUGCUGAGCGCGCACAACGUGGGCCAGCGCCUGUUCGCGCGCUUCGUGCUCGGCCUGUCGCAGGGCACAGUGAGCGAGCUGCUCUCCAAGCCCAAGCCCUGGGACAAGCUUACCGAGAAGGGCCGCGACUCGUACCGCAAGAUGCACGCCUGGGCCUCGGACGAUUUCUGCGUCUUCAUGCUCAAGUCACUCGUUCCCAAGAAAGGCAAGGAGUCUGGCGGCUCCAGCGCGUCCAGCCGCCAGGAGGACGCGGCCGCGGAGGAACGCAUCGCACAGAUCCUCAGCGAGGCCCAGCAAGCCAUGACGAUGCCGUUGACCAAGGAGCGCAGCCCGGCACCCCCUUCGUCUGGAGCGCAGAACGGCGCAGCCGACGACUCUCACGCCGACAGCGACCCGGACGGCGACGGUGGCGCCAACAACACAAACAACCAGCACUCUUCGGCAUCACACAGGGAUGCCAAGCGGUCCAGCCGGAAGUACGAAAACGACGACAUACCACAGGAGAUGGUGGCGCGCAUCUACCAGGAGGAGCUGGCCAAGCUGAUGGGCCAGCGCGUGGAAGAGAGCUUCCGGCAGCAGCAGUACGACCGCACGCACGAGGAGAUCCGCCAGGCGCUGUCCAUCUACCACCACGAGUUGUCGCGGCUCUCGCAGCUCGCGCUCACGCCGGGCCACGAGUUCGCGCGUUUCGGCGCGGCCGCCCUGCCCGGCGCGCUGCUCAACGGGGCCUUCCCGGGUCUGUCGCUGGCACCCGAGCUGAGGGGUGGCCCCGGGGCGGCAGCGGCUGCUUCGGCCGCGGCUGCGGCUGCGGCUGCGGCUAGAGUUGCGGCCGCCGACUCAGCCGAAGCUAUGCGAGCGGCGCACGAACAACAGCAGCAGCAGCAGCAACAGCAGCAGCAGCAGCCUCCAGUGUCGCAGCAGCACCAGCGACGAGGUGGCUCGUCCCUGGCUGCGCAGUUGGCCCCGCGGGACUGGCACAAGCAGCGCGGCGGCAACAAAUACAGUAGUGCAUUCUCGCUGGUGCGGCCAGGCGUCAAGUUUCCGGGUGCCGGUUCGACCCCGAGUCCCCCAGGCGCCGCUGGCGUCCUGGGCCUGUCCGACACGCCGCCCGGUGGCGCAGCGCCCGAGGAUCUCGGCUCUUCGCCGCUGCAGCGCAUGCAGUCAAUCACCAACUCGCUGCUGACGCAGACGGCGACGCCGUCCAUGCCGACGACCAAUCAGCGACAGAACAAGGCCGUCCUUCCGCCGAUCACGCAGCAACAGUUCGACCAGUACAACAACCUCAACACCGAGGAGAUAGUCAAGAAGGUGAAGGAGCAGCUGAGCCAGUACUCAAUCAGCCAGCGUCUGUUCGGCGAGAACGUACUGGGCCUGUCCCAGGGCUCGGUGUCCGACCUGCUGGCGCGGCCCAAGCCGUGGCACAUGCUGACGCAGAAAGGCCGCGAGCCCUUCAUCCGCAUGAAGAUCUUUCUCGAGGACGAGAACGCUGUGCACAAACUGGUCGCCUCGCAGUACAAGAUCGCGCCCGAGAAACUCAUGCGCACCUCGGGUUUCACCGCCGCGUCCAGCCCGCUCGGUGGGUCCCUUUCACCGCGGCCAAGCGAGCUUCAGCGGGCCUUUAGAGCCGGUUCGAGCAAGCUUCCCGCGUCCAGCGCAGCGGCGGCCAGGGCUGCCGCGCGCGACAUGCCCUCACACCGCAACAGCCACUGUGACAACGCGUCUCCGCUGCUCGGCAAGGGGCCCUUCAGUGCCUCACCCGAGUUGCAGGUGGCGCUCAUGCAACAGCACCACCACCAACAGCAGCAGCAACAACAACAACAACAACAGCAGCAGCAACAGCAGCAGCAGCAGCAGCAGCAGCAGGACUCCCGCGUGGCGAUGUACGCGCCGCCCUCGAGCCCUACGGCGGCCGCCCGCAAGGGCCACUCUCACCACCCGAGCGGCGGUGGCCGGUCCCUGCCGUACGUGCAGCCCUCGGUGUACGAGAUGGCGGCGCUCACAACCGACCUGGACACGCAGACCAUCACGGCCAAGAUCAAGGAGACGCUUAUGGCGCACAACAUCGGCCAGAAGAUCUUCGGCGAGGCCGUGCUGGGGCUGUCUCAGGGCUCUGUGAGUGAACUGCUGUCCAAGCCCAAGCCAUGGCACAUGCUUAGCAUUAAGGGCAGGGAGCCUUUCAUCCGCAUGCAGCUCUGGCUUAACGACCCGCACAACGUCGAGAAGCUGCAAGUCAUCAAAAACGAGCGCAGAGAAGCGAACAAGCGGCGUCGGACGCACGUGGACCUGGAGGCGGCCCCGCGGCCCAUGGAGGCGCAGCCCCCUUCGCUUCCGGCCCUGACGGCCGGCGCCGGGAGCUUCCCGUUCGCGGCACCGCCCUCCCCAUUCCCGGCGGCCAAGAAACCGCGCGUGCUCUUCUCGGACGAGCAGAAGGAAGCGCUGCGGCUUGCCUUCUCCAUGGACCCGUACCCGAGCACUGCCACCAUCGAGUUCCUCGCGGCCGAGCUGGGACUCUCGGUGCGCACCAUCACCAACUGGUUUCACAACCACCGCAUGCGGCUCAAGCAGCACGUCGUCUCUCCGGGGCCCGACGAUAACCAGUCGCGAAGUGAGCCACCCCCGCCGACGCUUCUCGGUCCACCGCCCGGUUCGCGCGAGGGCUCCGCCUCUUUCGACCCCGCGCUGUUCCGGGGCCUCCUCGUUCAGCGGCUCGCCGAGAUGCACGGGAGCGGCGGGGACAAGAGCGGGCCGAGUGCUUUCGGUGCGGGCAGCGGCGGCGCCCUCACCCUAAACGCCUACAACAGCUACUCUCCGUCGUCGCAGCAGGGCAACGACGAAGGCACGCUGGACCUGAGCAUGUCGUCCAGCCAGGCGUCCUCGGGCCGCAAGACGUGGGCUCGCUGCGGGGGAACGCCCACCGAUGACCUGGACGACUCUAACUUGUCCCAGGAUGAACCGGCGACCGCAGGAAGUGACCGCGACUCGCUCAAGGAAGAGAGCAUCUCGACGCCUUCGCCAGCGCCGCCGCGCAGCGCUGCCGUCGGUGCGUUGGCUCAGCACAACAGCUACAGCAGUCGACGGCGGAAACCGGCGGCGCCCAAGUGGGUGGACCCGGGCCUGUCGCCGGACUCGGACGACGCCGAGGAUGACGACGCGAGCGCGAACGCGGACGAUGAGUGCGGCGUGGCUGGAGGUGAUGCGGAAAGCGCCAUCAUCAACGGGGUCUGCGUCCGUCAGACGGCCGCCGCCGGAGACUUCGGGCUGCGGCUUCGCGAGACGGUGCGGGUGGACCCCGUAGCGGCCGCCGACGAGGCCCGCAAGAGUGCUGAGAGAGACGAGAUGGAAGAGGACGAAGAAGAGGAGGAGGAGACGGCACUCGAGCUGUGCACCACCGCCAAGAAGUCUAGCAGCAGCAGCGACGGAAUUCGAAAACUAGAGCAGAGGCUCGACAACCGCGGCGAGGAACGCGGCGACGACUGGGAGUUCUAGAGUAGAACACGUCGAGGCACGCAGCUGCCCACGUCUUGUGCUAUAGCCCGUUCGAAGCCUCCGCCCGAGCAGCGUCGAAACCGAAGUAGUGAUCCAACUCGGUUUCCAGCUCCGUGACUUCGCACACGGCCCGUCCCUGCCUCCCAAUGUCAAUGUUAGGCUUACCGCCUGAGGUGUGAGACCGGUGCAAGAAUCGCUUCCACCAGACGAAACCCUGCGAUUCGGUGAUUUCAGUGGCCGACAAACUUGAGGGGCCGCACCUCUUUUUUUCUUUUUUUUUUAAACAGAGCAUCGCCUGGAACAAGUUUCGCGGCUGUGAAAGUACUCGUUGAACUAUAGUUGGAAGCGGUGGUUGGUUUGGGGCUUCUGCGACGACACAAUACGCGCCCUGUGAACUCAUUGUGGGCAAUGUGACGCGCCUGCGGGACUGUCGCGCGCCGUUUUCACCCACUCGGAGCCACCAUUUCUUCUUCGAGCCCGGUGCAAUGUGGCCUUAGCUCUCACAUUCUUCGCUUGUCUUGUUUGUGUUGUUGUCCUUUCAAGCAUUGACGUAUUUGACUAGACUUUUGCACCCACGAGCCGAACUCUGAACGACCAGAUUAUGACGUCAUACCGUGCUCCGAGUGCAGCGAACCUGUGUCUAUGUCUCCGCGCAGAACUGUGGUCUAGAACCGUUCGUUGUUCUUACGUUUGUACGUUUUUAAGACGUGUUGUGAUGUUUCAUUUCUC